AUGUCAGUUGUCAGUGUACGGACAGUUCAAGAUUUUUCCGUAGCAAGUUUGUUUAUAAUUAAUUUGUUGUUUAAUCAAAAAAAUGAUAACUUUAUCAAGAAAACUUAAAAAAGAAAGUGUAGAAGUCAAGGAAAGCUGUGAUAUGACCAAAAGAAUCUCAAUUAGAGAUCGAUUAUUGGUAAAAGAAAUCCAAGAAAUGGAAAAUACCUUACCUAGUACAUGCAGGACCACAUUCAGCGAUCCAAAUAUUCUCCACGAAUUUGUUCUUUGUAUCUGUCCUGACGAAGGUUUUUGGAAAGGUGGCACUUACAAGUUUAUAAUUAACGUCCCAGAGGAAUAUAAUAUGGUACCUCCAAAUGUGAAAUGUCUUACAAAACUAUGGCAUCCAAAUAUAUCAGUUACCGGUGACAUUUGCUUAUCGCUUCUAAGGCAAAAUUCUAUUGAUGGACUAGGAUGGGCGCCCACUCGAAAAAUCAAAGAUGUUAUUUGGGGACUAAACUCUCUAUUCACGGAUCUUCUUAACUUUGACGACCCUCUAAAUAGUGAAGCCGCUGAACAAUAUCAACGAGAUCAAAAAGAAUUCCAGACUAAAGUAAAAGAAUAUGUUUUAUUAUAUGCAAGUAGGUAGUGAUAUAAAUUCUUUUAGGACAAAUUUUCAUUUAUUUAUUGUACUAUGCUUAUAUUUUAAUAAUUUCAACUUUAUAGAAUUGAACACAUUUUGUUACAAAUUUUUGAAAAAGAUCGCGUGUUAAAUUCAAUCAAAUUUUCAGCAAAACAAUAAAGUAUCAAUUUAUAAUAAGACUA